AUGCCUCACUCGUCCGCCACUCGCCGCUCGCGGCUUCUGCUGCCGCUUCUGAUGCUGCUGCUGAUCUCACUCCGGACAGCUCGCGCAGACGACGAGUGCCGGGAUCAUCAAUGGGGACGUCUAGCAAACGCUGGUCCGAUGGCUGUACCCGAGGUGGGCGACAUUGUUUGCCGGUCCAACGGCACGUCGCGCGCCGUCGUCGGCUAUUACUCUUGCAAGGAGAUGGCCGACUUUUACUUGAUCAGCGUCGAGCGUUUCUUCAUGCUCAACCCGCUCCUCAAGGAAGACUGCUCAAACAUUGAGCCAAACAAGCCCUACUGCGUCGCAGGCUUCAAGCAGCCGCCCCUGGCAACAGACGGUAAAUGCGGCCCUCUCAACGGCAACGCCACUUGCAGCGGCACCGAGAAGCAGUGCUGCAACGCCGAGACUUGGACUUGCGGUGACACUGAGGCCGACUGCGCGCCCGGCAACUGCCACUCAGGUGCGUGCGAGGGCGGCAACAUCUGGUCGCUUGACGGCCGCUGCGGCUGGCGGCACCGCGGUCUGGGGUGCGCCGGCCGAUGGGGCGACUGUUGCAAUCUUGAGGGCUUGUGCGGCACCGGCGACGAGUUUUGCGGCGUCGGGAACUGCGAUAUGGGUAACUGUACGAAGCCCGACGAGCCGCUGCUGCCGAUCGAGCUGCCUUGGCCGUCGGGUAACACGCCGGACGGGACAUGUGGCGGCGAGUCGGGCUACACUUGCAACGUUGUCUGGGGUAACUGCUGCGGCGCGGCCGGCCGGUGCGGCUCCUCUGCCGAGUUCUGCGGCGCCGGGUGCCAGUCCAAGUUCGGCCAGUGCGGUACUGGCACCAGCAGCACGGCGAGCCCGACGAGCACUUAG